CCCCCUAUGUUUCUCUCUCCUUCUGGCCUAGUCUAUCCUCUUCCUGUGGCUAACAGGCCCAAGCUCCCUCCAUCUCCAUCGACGCCCACCAUUCUCGUCUCCGAUAACCUAAGCACAGUGUUAUUUUCCUCCGCUUCCAUGGCAACCGCAUCCAAGUUCUCCGCUGCAACAAUCCUCUUCUCCUCCUCCAACGAGCUCCGCUUCCGGCCAACGACUAUCACACCGAAGCUUCGCCGUCUUGAUUUCUCGCCACAGCCUCCGAUAUCGAGAUCCGUCCGGAAAACAUCCUGUAAGGCGACUGAGGUGACGAAGGUGGAGGGAGGGGAGGCACCAACGGUUGCUUCCGCAAGUGAUGAUGAUGGGCAGAAUUGGGUUCCGGUUGUGCCGCUUGCGGCAUUGCCAAAGGGGGAGCGGCGGGUGAUUAUCCAGGAUGGAGAGACGAUAUUGCUGCUGUGGUAUAAGGAUGAGCUCUUUGCGAUUGAGAAUCGUUCUCCUGCUGAAGGAGCUUACACUGAAGGCUUACUUAAUGCUAAGCUCACCCAGGAUGGUUGCAUUAUUUGCCCAACAACAGACAGCACAUUUGAUCUUCGGACUGGGGACAUUAAAGAGUGGUACCCCAAAAACCCGGUCCUGAGGGCGCUAACACCAGCUUUGAGAAAGCUCCUUGUGUAUCCUAUAAAAAUUGAUGGUGAAAAUAUCUAUAUCAGCAUGGAAGGAGACGCACAAUCUGGUGGAUCUUCAGAGAUUGUUUUCAGUGGUAAAGCACAACCUGGCAUUACGGCGUCUGAUGUAAAUAUUGAAGAGGUGAGAAUGGUGGUUGAUGAAGAUUUUGAAGCUUUUGGUUUCACAUCAAAGAAUGAAUUAAUAAAUGGAAAGGCUGCAAUAAUAGGCUUCCUCUUUUUGAUCGAUUUUGAACUUUUAACUGGUAAAGGCCUUCUCAAGGGUACAGGUGUCUUGGACUUCAUCUAUGCUGUUUCAAGAGCUAUAAGCUCGUAGUGGACAUGGAGUUUCAAAUGCUUUUAAGGAUUCCUAGGUUGCACCGCAUGGACUUCACAAAACAUGUCUGUUCAGGUACAUAAAAAUAUCAUUGAUUUUGAUUCUCAUUUUCGUUGGAGGGCACUACUUGUUUUUUGAGUUUUAUGUGGUCCGUGAAAUCCUCAUCAAUUGUAAAUUUAUGCUCACUAAGGGUUAAGUAAAUAUGGUAUAAACCUUCAUGCUUGUGCUUGUAACUCAAGCUGUCCUGGAGUGGACUAACUUUUGUUGUCCUUGUCUUGAAGUGAAGCAUUGAGACUGCAUUGUUUAAGUUAGAAUAUCUUAUGGAAAUAUGCCCCUUUGAAUAAUGUCCAUGCAAUGGUGUUGUGAUA